CUGAUCCAUUAUAAGAACAAAAUACAGAGAAGAAGGCACAGGAAUAUGUAGGUGUGUUCGUUCGUUUACAGGACACAGACGAUCUAAGGGAGAAGAGUAAUGGCAGAGAAGAUGGGCAAGUCUCAGUUUUCUCUCACAUGUAGCCGCUUGAGCCAAUACAUGAAGGAGAAGGGGAGCUUUGGAAGCAUCAGCCUUGACAUGGCCCCUAUGACUCUUCACCACCACCCUAAAGAGAAAUCAGGAGCUCCUACCACCUUGAGUUUGCUACCAGGAGUGGAUGUGUCCACCGAGGACCAGUCCAACACAGAGAAGAAUACUCUGAAAUCCAUGGAAUUGUUUCCACAGCACGCAGGAUUCGAUUUCCCAGCUGCCAAGGAAGAAUCUGUCAAGGCUCCUUCAAGCACCAAGAAGGAGGCAGAGAAGGCUAAGUUGACCAUCUUUUACAACGGCAUGGUGCUGGUUUUCGACGAUUUCCCGGAGGAGAAGGCCAGGGAUCUGAUACGGAUGGCAGGGAGAGACAGAAAUCUUGCAGCUCAAAAAUUUAUCUCCGCCACCGGCGGUCAGACGCCGGUGCCCCCGCAGAAGCCAGCUGAUCAGCCUAAUGCGUCCGCAGACAUGCCCAUAGCAAGGAGAAACUCUCUGCACCGGUUCCUGGAGAAGAGAAAGGAUAGGAUUAACACCAAGGCUCCGUAUCAAGUCAACGGCGGUGUCUCGCCGGCGCCGGAGGACGCAGGCAAGCCGGAAGACGGCCAGGCUUGGCUUGGCUUGGGUAGGCGAGCUGUGAAGCAAGAACCUGGUUGCGAGAGCAGCAGAUAGAUCUUCUAAUAUUUAUCAUCCUUUAGUUAAUCUUUCUGAUUUGGGAAGAAAUUAAAUCCUGGAGUAUUUUGUAUAAGUUCUAAACAAUUUUUACUCUUUUUUUUUUCGAUCUCGGCAGUGCCUUGCUGAGAUCUUGUUCUAUGAAGAACAAUCCUGCUGUAACUUGAUAUGGUGGAAUUAAAUUUUUAGUGCUCCCUUUCGACAGGGGAAUCUAACUGCUCA